UUUGCGUGUGUCAUCUGUGGCCUUUAGCCCUCCCAGCCGAAGAGCCGAUAUAUACCGCCGAGGCGGCGAGGUCGCCACACUCGCUCCACACCAUCAGCCUCAGUGCGGCCGCUCUACUACGCUAACUACUCGAGGAUAUCAAAGAUGUGGUUCUCUUACGUGCUGGUGGCUGUCUCCGUGGCGGCGUACGCGGAGGCGUACUCCAGCGGCGCCCCCGAAGGCGCCUGCAAGGACAUGAUCCCGCGGCACCCAGUCUCACCGCAGAAGUCCCCGGCUCCGUACACCAUCACCACCAGCACUAAGGUGGUGAAAGCCGGCACCCCCAUGGAGGUGGUGAUCACGGGCAAGGGCCCCAGCAACACCAUGCGCGGGCUGCUGCUGCAGGCGCGCAAGGGGGACGAGAUCGUGGGCAAGUUCACCCUCAAGCCCAACGACCCCUUCGCGCAGCUCAUGAACUGCGGCCAGCCAGGGAACGCCGUGAGCCAUAAGAAACACGACGAGAAGGAUGACCAGCACACCGUCACCUAUACCUGGACUCCACCGGCCGGCUUCAAUGACGAGAUCAAAUUCAGAGCGACUAUCGCAUUCAACGGAGCCGUGUUCUGGGUGGGAGUCGAAUCGGCCCCCGUCAAAGUUACUGCUUAAGUUAUAGUACUAUUAGUACCUAUGUUUUAAGUACAAGUAUUAUACUUUUAAUCUCGCUAAACCAAUUUAAAAUUAAUAAAAAAAUUAUGUUUGAA